AUGGGUCGCUACUCGGGCAAGACGUGCCGCCUGCUGUUCAUGCUCGUGCUCACGGUCGCCUUCUUCGUGGCCGAGCUGGUCUCGGGCUACCUGGGCAACUCCAUCGCGCUGCUCUCCGACUCGUUCAACAUGCUGUCGGACCUGAUCUCGCUGUGCGUGGGGCUGGCCGCGGGCUAUGUGGCCCGGCGCGCCCCGGGGGGCCUGGGCGCCACCUACGGCUACGGGCGCGCCGAGGUGGUGGGCGCGCUCUGCAACGCCGUCUUCCUCACCGCGCUCUGCUUCACCAUCUUCGUGGAGGCCGUGCUGCGCCUGGCCCGGCCCGAGCGCAUCGACGACCCGGAGCUGGUGCUCAUCGUGGGCGCCCUGGGGCUGGCGGUCAACGUGGUGGGGCUGCUCAUCUUCCAGGACUGCGCCGCCUGCUUCUGCCGCCGCCGCCGCCGCCGCCGCCAGCCGCCCCCGGUCGGCCCCGGCCGGGACUCGGCCCCGACGCUCCCGGCGGCCGGGCAGGAGGAUAAGAGGGAGAAAAAGUCCGAAGCCCUGAAUAUCAGAGGUGUAUUGUUGCACGUGAUGGGAGAUGCCCUGGGGUCGGUGGUGGUGGUGGUGACGGCCAUCAUUUUCUAUGUGCUCCCCCUGAGGCGUGAGGAUCCCUGUAACUGGCAGUGCUACAUCGAUCCCAGCCUGACGAUCGUCAUGGUCAUCAUCAUUCUGUCAUCGGCCUUCCCGCUCAUCAAGGAAACUGCUGUGAUUCUGCUCCAGAUGGUCCCCAAGGGGCUCAACAUGGAAGAGCUGAUGAGCAAGCUCUCUGCCGUGCCUGGAAUUAGUAGUGUGCAUGAGGUGCACGUCUGGGAACUUAUAAGUGGAAAGAUCAUCGCUACCCUGCACAUCAAGUACCACAAAGACCGGGGCUAUCAGGAAACCAGUGCCAAGAUUCGACAAAUCUUCCACAAGGCAGGAAUCCACAACGUGACCAUCCAGUUUGAAGACGUGGACUUGGAGCAAAAGCCGGAGCAGAAGGACUUGCUGCUGCUCUGCAACUCCCCCUGCGUCUCCAAGGGCUGCGCCAAGCACCUGUGCUGCCCCCCUGGAGCUCUGCCGCUGGCUCACGUCAAUGGCUGUGCCGAGCACAAUGGCGGGCCCCUGCUUGAUGCAGGCCGGGGUGACAGCCUCGGCAACCUGGAAGCCCCAGACGUGGCGAUCGAAGUCUCUCUGGAUGGCCGUCUGCGUGAUCAUGGUCAAGCUGUUACCAGAACUCGGGAGGACCAGCGUUGUGUCAACAGCACCCAUUUCUAAUCUGCUAGUGCGGAAACAGACUGUACGGACCAGGCCCAUGGAGGGUCCGUGUAGUCAGUGGAAGAGUAGUAGGCUGAGGGCACUGACCACACUGGCGCUGACCCUCUGUGUGCCCCCCGGGUGGCCUCUGAGGAUGUGAGCUGGACCUUUCUUCAUUUGGAGGCAACUGAUAACCCCACUACAGCAUCCCGGGGGUGAGGGUCUCAUGCUGCUCUUCAACUGUUUUGCUUUGAACCUUGGUUUUCAGAAGCACUUAUCUGUCUGGGACAGAGGCCUGAGACUCAGUGACUGGACUUGGGGUUCAAAGUUGUUUUGUUUUAAAUGCACUAGAACUUCUAACUGACUCUCAGGUGAGCUCACAGCCAAGUACAUCGAACAGAUUUAACCAUUAUUGCUACUUGUUUUUUACACAUUCCACUGGAAGAUCACAAAAGAGGGAAAUUACAGACAUUUUUUCUUUAUGUAUUUUGGAACAAAUAUAAAAUGAAUACCUACUAAGGUAGAAAAUACUGUGAGAGCACCAGCAGAAGUAGUUUAUUGGAUUGGGGGGAAGGAUGGGAGGAAGAAAAUGUUUUUGGGUGUCCUCUUUAUUUGUGGGGUGGAGAGAAAACUAAUGUUUACUUUUUGCUGUGAACUGAGCUACAGCUACAGCUGUAGCUAUACAGCUACAGUCUCAAAUGUUUAAGUAUAAAAUGUACUUUUUUCCCCACUUGCAACAGUGGGACUAUUUCUACUUCCUAGGUAUGACAUAGGCACUUAUUUAUGUCUUUUAGAGUCACUGGUUCAAAUCUCCUUCAAGUCUUCUUUGAUAUGAUCACAUUGAUCUAGGUAGCCUUUGCCAGGAGAAAAUUCCUGAGAUAGAAGAAUAUGUGAAAUCAAGUAUUCAUUUCUGUCAAAAAAUAAGCUAGCUGGACUUUAAUGAGAUGUAUUUUCAAGUAUUUAUUAUCCUUGCCUGCCUGUAACUAGAUGAAAAGUAUAUGUCCAAGGGAGAAAUGGGAAUGACUGUAAUGGCCAUCUGCCUUUGAUGUGUCUUGAGGAGCCUGCACUUUCAUCAC